AUGCCUAGGCAAACCGGUCUCUAUUCAGGCGCAAGUAGCGACCAGGAUCUUUACCUGCUACGGCAUUUGCCGUUCUAUCGAGGCCAUCGCUUUGGCAGUGGAAAUUGGCGUGUCUGGCAGCUCGGUGAGAGUCCGUUUCACUCUGUGUACUUUACGAUCUAUCCCGAUGCUCUUCUAGACGCACAUAUUGGCGCCUACGAUACUGCCCACGUGGAGAACACCGUUACGCUCCAUCGCAGCGAUCUUCUCGACCUGUACUACCGAUUUGUUCAUCCGACGUUACCAAUCCUUGAGCCGCGCUCGGCGUUCGAAGAAGCACUGCAGAACGGCAUGAUCCCCGCAUCAUUGCUUGCCGCAGUGUGCGCCGCCGCGGCAUCCUUCUGGAGUCACUCUGACACACUGCAAGGUGUGGUCCCCAUUGACGGACAUUCGUUGGCCGAGUUUGUUUUCUCUUCAACAAGCCUCGUUCUUGCCAGUAUCGACGAUCGGCAAAUUUGA